GUCGUGUUUGCAAUAGACGAUCUCUGCGUGUGUGUGCUGACGUGCGUUGGUCCGUCACGUGACCUGAGGAAUGUUAACAAUGCAGCGAGUGUCCAACUUUGUGCUGCAUUUCUGAUCCUGCCCGGAGUCUGGGGAGAAAAUGGAGGCUCGUUUUAUCCUUCCCAUCCCGUCGCCGCGUCGUCGCUGAGCGCGUGCCUUCCGUCUCCGCGCUCAGCAGCCGAACAAGCAACUUUCCCCCCGCCGCUUGUAAGCAAAGGACUCUCCAUUCUUUGGGGGAUUCUUGCCACUUCUAUCACAUGGCGCAGAUGGGCAUCGUCAUGGUUUGGCUCCACAGUGCCCUCAUGAGCAGCUCCACUUCCUGGAAUAAGCUGGAACCCGAGCCUUGAAAAGUCGCACCAUGGAAUGCUUGUAGUAUUGUGCGUCGCCUUCGUCUACCCCACCAGCAUCAGCAGGAAUCAGAGACAGCAGUGUGACACAAACGACUGAGGGACGCAGGAGCUGCUCCCAGAGGCCCUUUAUCUAUUUAGGUCAGAUAGCUUGAGAAGUUUUUGGGCGGGUGUGGGGGAGCUUGCUCUAGUUUCUGCGUGGGCUUUCCUUUUGAGUGUAAGUGCCCUGGCACAGGCUCUCAGACCAUGAGACCCAAGACUUUCCCCGCAGCCCCGUAUGUGGGCAACACGCGGCAGAGGCUCCAGGAGAUUAAGGAGGGCCUGAAGCAGCCGGCCAAGCUGGUCAGCCAAGCUCUGCAUGGAGGCAGCUCCCGCUCUGAGAGAGGCUCCGACUCCAAAAGCGGGAAGGACACAGCCAGUCGACAGCAGCAGCUCCGGCCGCCGCAGAAGUUCAACAACUACCAGAAUGCGCUCCGAGAAAUCCGCAAGUCCCUCAUGCCCUUCGCCAAUGAGUCUGGAGAGGCCGGAGAGGUCAACCGGCAGAUGCUGCACGAGCUGGUCAACGCAGGAUGUGAUGAGGAAAUGGCGGUGCGAGCGCUGAAGCAGACCGGUAGCAGAAACAUCGAAGCGGCUUUGGAGUUCAUCAGUAAAAUGGGUUACCUCGACCCUCGGAACGAGCUCAUUGUUCGGGUCAUCAAGCAGACCUCACCAGGGAAAGCUGGCAUGCAAAAUGCAAUGGACCACCGCACUGCUUUAGAUGUUUCCAAUGAAGCAGCCGCCAUGCCUCCAUACCAUCAGAUGGGAGGUCCGAUCUAUGAUGGAGCAGCAGGAUACGGCCCUGAGGGCGAGAUACCCCGGCCCUACAUGGGGGCUCCUCCUGUUAUGAACUAUAUGAUGCCUCCAUCUAACUCAGCUCAGGGCCCUGCCAUGGGAAACCCUCUGGGUCGACCCCCCAGCAUGGGCAGCUAUCCACCGGUGAUGGGCUCUCAGGGUAACCCAGGCAACACCAUGUACCCCCCAGGGGCUCAGCAGAAAGGCUACUCCAGCAGCAUGGAGCAGAACGGGCCCAUGAUGACCUACAGCGUACCAGGUCAACCUUUACAACUGCAGGCUCAGCCACCAGGGGGCUCUGUUGCUGCACCGCACUAUGACUACGGCCACGCCAGGCAGCACAUGAUGGAGCCUGCAGGCUACGGAGUGAAGAGGACCCCUUCCUUUCAGAACAAGAUGCAACCACCCCCCAUGCCACCCCCAGAUAACUACGUCAACAUGCAAGGGAAAACAGGCAUGGGUCAGAACGGGCCAGGAGGAGGGGGCAGUGGCUAUCCCACUAACCUGUACCUACCUCCUCACUCUCACCCCCGACAGGCCAGCCCCACAUCCCACCAGGUGCAUAUGAUGUCCCGAUCCCCUGGUGGGGUGGGAGUCAUGGGCCCCGAUUUUUCAGAUCUGCCCCAAAGUUUGAUGGCGCCCUCCAGACUUAGCCUCAAUAUGGAGCUGUACGAACACCACUGGGCGGGGCCUCCAGGUCCCGAAGGCGCCCCUCCAGCCAGGCAACCCCAACCCCAGGGCCCAUUUAGAGGGGAGGUCCGUGUCCCCAGCAGAACCAACUCCUUCAACAGUCGUUCUGCGGGCCCAAACGGGGUACGGCCUUCGCUAGCCGCACCCCCUACCGCUGGGAAGCAGGACUCUUCAUUGGGCCCCCCUAACACAAUCACUACUGUCACCUCCCCGCCCAUCCAGCAGCCAGUGAAGAGCAUUCGAGUCAUGAGGCCAGAGCCCAAAACGGCUGUAGGACCAUGUCACCCCAGCUGGAUGACGGCUCAGACUCCAGAGGCAGCAGAACCUCUGGCCUACAUGCCAGAAGAGACGUACCCCCUUGAACCAGCCCAGGAGCCCCGCUGCCCUCCACCACCGUACCCCAAAAGUCUGCUCAUGUCUGGAGCUGGUAGCGAUCCAGGUGCCGCAGAAGGAGCUGAAGCCAUGUGUGGAGCUCCAGACCUCAGCGGUCCUGCUGCAAGAAGCUCUCGCGGCGGCAGUGGGGGGAGCGCAAAGGCCGACAGCAGCCAGCAGCAGGUGAAAAGCAAGAUGAAGAUGGGAAAGGGGGAAAAGACGGUGAAAGACAAGAAACAGAUCCAGACCUCCCCGGUUCCUGUGAGGAAGAACGGUCGGGACGAGGAGAAGAGGGAGUCCCGCAUUAAAAGCUACUCCCCCUUUGCCUUCAAGUUCUACAUGGAGCAGCACAUCGAGAAUGUGAUGAAGACCUACCAGCAGAAACUCAACCGCAGGCUCCAGCUGGAACAGGAGAUGUCCAAGGCCGGUCUGUCCGAGGCCGAGCAGGAGCAGAUGAGGAAAAUGCUGAACCAGAAAGAGUCCAACUACAACAGGCUACGGCGCGCCAAAAUGGACAAGUCCAUGUUUGUCAAGAUAAAGACGCUGGGUAUCGGUGCUUUUGGGGAAGUGUGCCUGACACGUAAAGUAGACACUGGUGCACUUUAUGCCAUGAAAACACUGCGAAAGAAAGACGUCCUCAACCGCAACCAGGUGGCACACGUGAAAGCCGAGCGGGACAUCCUCGCAGAAGCAGACAACGAGUGGGUGGUGCGUCUGUACUAUUCCUUUCAAGACCGUGACAGCCUCUACUUCGUCAUGGACUACAUCCCCGGUGGAGACAUGAUGAGUCUGCUCAUUCGGAUGGGAGUCUUCCCCGAGCACCUGGCCCGCUUCUACGUGGCCGAGCUGACGCUGGCCAUUGAGAGCGUCCACAAGAUGGGCUUCAUCCACCGCGACAUCAAGCCAGACAACAUCCUCAUCGACCUGGACGGACACAUCAAGCUGACCGACUUUGGAUUGUGCACAGGCUUCCGCUGGACACACAACUCAAAGUACUACCAGAAAGGGAGUCACGUCAGACAGGACAGCAUGGAGCCCAGUGACUUCUGGGAUGAUGUAUCCAACUGUCGCUGUGGCGACCGGCUCAUGACACUGGAGCAGCGCGCCAACCGCCAGCACCAGCGCUGCCUGGCUCACUCUCUGGUGGGAACUCCUAAUUAUAUCGCCCCAGAGGUGCUGCUGCGAAAAGGCUACACUCAGCUCUGUGAUUGGUGGAGCGUGGGGGUGAUCCUCUUUGAGAUGCUGGUGGGACAGCCUCCUUUCCUCGCAGCAACACCUACUGAGACUCAAAUAAAGGUUAUUAACUGGGAAAGCACGCUGCAGGUCCCUGCUCAGGUCAAACUGAGCCCUGAGGCCGUGGACAUCAUUGGCCGUCUGUGCUGCGCCGCGGAGGACCGCCUGGGCGCCAACGGUGCCGGCGAGAUCAAGUCCCACCCUUUCUUCACCAGCGUGGACUUCUCCAGCAACCUGCGGCAGCAGCCGGCCCCCUACCGGCCCAAAAUCGCCCACCCCAUGGACACGUCCAACUUCGACCCGGUGGAGGAGGAAGGCGGUCCAGGAGCGUGGAGCGACAGCGGGGACAGCACCCGGGCGCUGGACGCGCUCUGCUUCCCCCACGGGAAGCACCCGGAGCACGCCUUCUACGAGUUCACCUUCCGCAGGUUCUUUGAUGAUAACGGGUGCCCCUUCCGUUACCCCAAGCCCCUGGAGGCCGGCGAGCUGCCUCUGAAUGGAGCUUUGGGCCCAGAAGAGGAGGACGAGGGUGAAGAAGAAGAAGCAGACGAAGAGGAGGAUGAGGAGGAGGAGGGAGAGCAAGGGGAGGGGUGUGAGCCGGUGUAUGUGUAAAGGAGUAGUUGUGUGCCUGCUGUCGCUGCUCCUCUCAGGUGUUUGUCUGCAUGUUUGUGAUGCUUGAUGGGAAGUUGGAGCAGGAUGGAUGAACGCCGCCCCCUUGUGGAAUAACUUGUUACUUCAGGCGAUAAACUGCUCCACUCCAGGACCAAGAGACGACCUUCUGACUGAACUAACGAAGGGCGGAGCAGACAGAAACAAGAGUUUAUAUCCAAACGGAAACACCGGACUUCUCCUGGCUUUUUCAGGAGUUUCUCGUGCCAUUCCUCCCACCGUUGGUCUUAUGGAUGACUGAAACACUUCCCGUCUGACACGGGAGCUUCUUCCUGCUCCAAUGAUGGCAGUGCCUCUUCUCAGCUGCUGCAGUAUAAGCUACAAAACACAUUGGUGCAUGUUCACAAACACUCGCACGUGCUUGACCAUCACACCUGGACGCUGAUGUUUCCACUCGUCCACUAGAACUGACAGUUUCUUCUGAUGUAGCCUGAGCAGAACGAGAGAUGUGAGGUAUAUUUUUUUGUAUUUUUAAGCAUUAAUAUUAAUAUUUAUAUUUGCUUAAUCUAUUUUAUGCCAACAUAUUUGCCACACCUUGUGCCAACUUCAACCCAAGUUUUAUUAAAAACAAUAACAUUCAACAAGAGUUGUAUUUAAAAUGCACAAUUUGUAUCCAUUUGUAUCCAUUCAUGAAAAACAUAAAAUUCAAUACAGUUUGAUAAAUCUGAGCCUAAUCUACUUAGGCUUGAAUCUGUCAUUGCAACAGCGGCAGUCGACCAGCUUUCAGUCCUCGUCAUGACAACUGCCAAACCUGAUGAACGACUAUGUGCAAUACAGAUUUACGUGUAGAUAGUUUUAUAAACACUUGCUAUGCUUUUGAAAGUUGUGUUGAAAUGAACAAAUAUAUUGGUUUAUACCUGUAUUCAUUCUUAUCAGUUACAACAUGCUGCUUAUUAUUGUGUUUGAUAUGGUCUCCUACAUUAUAAGGAUGGUUUUUACAGAAAGAGGGGUGUUCUGAAAGUAAAAAAGCUGCGUGCCUUUCUUUAAUGAAUGUUGAUGAUGACAGACGGAGGUCUCUGCCGGUAGACUCCGCCCCCUUCGCUGCAGCCAGGCUGGUCCCGACUGCAGAGGAGAGGACGUGUUGCAGCAGAAGCGAAGAUGAAGAGCAGAGUUUGGCUGUAGGGAACGUCACUGGAUAACAGAACUGUUGAACUUCAUCCAGUCAUUUCAGUACACUUUAUUUAUCCUAACAUCACAGGUUUUGGCGUGGUUUCUUUCAGUUCUUGCUCCACAGAGCUCUGCUGCUCCGUUUAAUAUCAAUCCGCUUAUUGACAAUCAGCGAGCAGCAAGUGCUCUCUUUGUGUUGAAGUGAACUUUUUUGUUAUGUUGCUACCAAACUAUUCCAGCAGUAUUUUGAACUCCAUGCUGCCUAAAAGUCUGAGCUGUUCUCUCUGAGUGAGGGAAGUGUGUGGUUGAGAUCCAGCCUUUGAUUUGCUCUUUUUUUUUUUUUUUUUUUUUUAAGCAGGAGCAGCACAAUCUUAAAUUUUAUUUUCGAAUCUAUGUUUUUGAUCUGGGAGGAGCGUUUGCAGGAGCUGUGUUUACAUGCAGAUGUGCAUCUCUCUGUUAGGAGUCUGCUGUGCACAGAUUGUACUUUUAAACCCCCGUUGUCAGUACAGAUUAGAAAAGAUUUGUUUCAAAUUUUAUCAGACCAUUGGAUUUGUUGCUCCAUAUCCUAAAUAAAAUCUCCCGUUUGCUGGUCUUAAGUCCUGCAUGUAAACACGGGCGGCGUUCUGCCGGGGCUUCAGAGAGCGGUCUCCUUCAGUCUAUUUACGUAAAGUGUUGUUACUAAGAUGAAGAGUUCAGUCGUUCUUCCUUCAGAUUAGCUUUCAGAUUGUCUGCAUUUCAGAUGGAUGGAGAAGAAGCUUUAGAAGUGAGUGUGUGAGCCCCGCUGUGUGUCUGAGUUUCUGGUUCAGGCUUAGAGUGACGACUGACAAUCUUUGGUGGACUGAAUGUCCCCCAUCACCUGGCCAAACCUACUUAUCCAUCUUUUUCAUAUUGUAUUUCUACCAUUUUCCUUUGUGUAUCUUACAAUUCUGUUACUCUUAAAAAAAUAUAUUUAUACAGAAAUACAUAUUUUUUUGUAUCUAUCGUCUUGUUUUGUCAAUUUCCUCUGUGGUUAAAAGUCCAUCAAUACUCAGUAUUAUUGGUGAUGUAAUUAUUUACAACUCUCUCUUUUAUACUGUCAUGUUUGAAAUGAGAAUUUGUUGAAAACAUGCUUCUACUGUCCUUGUGUGUAAAAUAUAUGUAUAAAUUAAAUUAACCGCUCUGGA